AUGACAAACAUCACAAGAGAGAUUAUCAAUACAUGGGCCAAUUCGAUCAAGUCAAGGACGUUUCGGUUCAAUGACACUUAUUCCUUGGGCCCAGCUACUCAUUUGCAGGAGAUCUUGCGCGGGAUAUUCGCAAGACAAGGACAAGAGAGGAAAAUGGUACCAUCGAAUUCGUGGCUCUGGGGAUCGCAUUUCCUCUUCAACAACCAGCUGAAUUUGGUGACUGGAAGCGACGGCUACGAUAACUACCAGGCCCCGGUCAUUGAUGGCCAUCAAUUGUACCUCAGAAGAUUAUGGGCUAAGGGCAGUAUUCGUUUUUUCGAUGUACCCGAACUCAAUUCGUCGUUGCAUUGUGACGAGCACGUACUGUCGGUGAGGUUCAUCAAUGAAAAUGUCUUGGUCAACAUAGAAAGAAACUUCCAUACCCAUUUGGCCCCCUUGUUGCAGGAGAAUCGCACUUUGAUCUACACAAAUGCGCUACAUUCUCCUCCUCCGGCAGCAACAACAACAACCGACAGUUCAAUUUCAAAGACAAUCAAUAUCAAUCGAGACGAUGGUUUAGCAGGAGCUUGCCUAAGUUUGACACCAGUGGAUCUCUUGAAAUACAGCAUGUUGACCUAUAAUCUCCACAAGAUCCACAUUGACACCAAAUACUGCCAUCUGGUGGAAAACUUGCCCACGUUGGUGGUGCAUGGUCCUUUACAAGUCACGUUGUUGUUGUACCAUUUCGCGAUACAGCAUCCCGAGUUGAAGCCGACUCAGUUUAAAUAUCGCACUUAUCAAGUAUGCUUUGUCAAUGAUAAGCUUAGUAUCUGCGUGACCCCCUCGGAUGGCAUUUACGACCUUUGCUUGUUCAAUGCCCAUGAUGGGAGAGUAUAUAUGCAAGGACAAUUGACAUGUCAAUAA